GGCAUCACGCCUCCCCUUUCUGACAAGUAGCUGCUGUUAAUGCUUAAAACACAUUCUAGUUUCCGUGGUUUGUUCUUUCCAUUACGUUACCAUCAUCAAGGACUGAAAAAGAACAAACACAAAUUUCUACAUUGCUCUGAUAUGUCUACAUUAUCCUUAUUAUGGUCUUUCAACUUUAUAGAACCAGACCCAUUUUGCAAUACAACUAGUAUUAACAAGAACAAUGAUUCUUCAAUGGUUUCUUCUGUAAAACCACAUCAAAAGAAGAAACCCAGAUUAGUGAUGAAUUCAUUAGCUUUGAAUUCAACUAGUUGUGUUGAACGAGUAGUACCAAAAUUUUAUGAUAAGGAGACAUUGAAGAUGUACUCUGGAUUGCUUCAGGAUUGUUCAACGAAAGGGUCUCUUUAUAAUGGUAAAGCAGUUCAUGGGCAGGUGAUUAUUAGUGGGAUGAACCCUGAUUCAUAUUUGUGGAUAUGUCUUGUAAAUAUGUAUGUAAAAUGUGGGGAUUUGACACUUGCUCAUCUCGUGUUUGAUGAAAUGCUGGAACGAGAUGUUGUGUCUUUCACUGUGUUGAUUGCGGGUUAUUCUGCAGCAGGAAAUGGUUAUGAAGGUGUUGGUUUGUUUCGUCGGAUGCGAAGUGAAGGUAUUUUGGGAAAUGGGUUUGCUUUUGCUUCGGCUUUAAAGGCUUGUUCAAUGUGUUUGGCAUUGGAAUUUGGAAAGCAGAUGCACGCAGAAGUGGUAAAAGCUGGAGUUUUAGGGGACGUAUUUGUUGGGUCUGCUCUUGUUGAUCUUUACGCAAAAUGUGGUGAGAUGGAACUUGCAGAGGGAGUGUUUUUUAACAUACCUGAACUAAAUGUCGUUUCGUGGAAUGCAUUGCUGAAUGGGUACGCUAAGAUUGGUGAUGGGAGAAGGGUUUUGAAUCUUUUCCAUAAAAUGUAUGAGUCGGAUAUGAAAUUCAGUAAGUUUACUUUAUCCAGUGUGCUAAAGGGGUGUGCAAGCUUAGGAAACGCAAGAGAAGGUCAGAUAGUUCAUUCUCUUGCAAUCAAGACUGGAACUGAACUUGAUGGGAUUUUGAGCAGCAGUUUGGUUGAUAUGUAUUCCAAGUGUGGACUGGCUGAAGAUGCACAAAAAAUAUUCGUUAGAGUUUUAAAUCCAGACGUGGUGGCCUGGAGUACAAUGAUUGCUUGUCUUGAUCAGCAAGGAAAAACCUGCGAAGUAACAAAACUAUUUGCUGACAUGGGGAAAGCUGGUCUUAGACCGAAUCAAUAUACCCUUGCUAGUGUUGUUAGUGCUAGCACCAAUUUAAUUGACCUCCGAUAUGGCAAAAGUGUCCAUGCUUGCAUAUGCAAAUCUGGGUUUGACUCUGAUAAGUCGGUUAGUAAUGCACUUAUCACAAUGUACAUGAAAUCGGGAUCAGUUCAAGAUGGUUUCAGGGUAUUUGAGUCCAUGGAAGACAGGGUUGUCAUUUCAUGGAACGCCUUCUUGUCUGGGUUCCAUGAAGGUGAUGCUUGUAGUCAGGCACCAAUUAUCUUCAAUAGGAUGGUUGUGGAAGGUUUUAAACCUAACAAAUACACAUUCAUUAGCACCUUAAGAUCUUGUUCUAGCCUGUCAGAUAUGAGCUUUGGCCAGCAAAUCCAUGGCCAAAUUGUUAAGAACAAUCUACAAACUGAUGAUUUUGUUGGAGCAUCACUUGUAGACAUGUACUCCAAAUGUGGGUGCUUGGAAAAUGCACACAAGGUUUUCAAAAGAAUGAAAGAACGAGAUUUUUUCACUUGGACCACAGUUAUCAGUGAGUAUGCACAGGCAAAUCAAGGGGAAAAGGCAUUUGAGUGCUUCCGCCAAAUGCAGCGAGAAGGUGUGAACCCUAAUGAGUUCACUCUGGCUAGCUGUUUAAGAGGUUGUUCUACUAUAUCAGCUCUGGAAAGUGGCCGACAGCUUCAUUCACAGGUCAUCAAGUCCGGUCAUUCAUGUGAUGUGUUUGUUACGAGUGCUCUUGUAGAUAUGUACGGGAAAUGUGGGGCCAUAGAAGAUGCAGAGGAGGUAUUCGAAAGCUCAGAAUCGAGGGAUAUAGUUUCGUGGAACACAAUGAUCUGUGGGUACUCUCAAAAUGGAGAUGGAGAGAAAUCUCUUCAGACAUUUAAUAGUAUGCUAAAUGAAGGUAUACAACCCAAUGAGAUAACCUUUAUAGGUGUGCUUUCGGCUUGUAGCCACAUUGGUUUGGUCGAAAAAGGAAAGCAACAUUUUGAAUCAAUAAAAGAAGUUUAUGGCAUUAUUCCAACGAUUCAACACUAUGCUUGUAUGGUUGAUAUCCUUGGUCGGGCAGGUAAACUUGAGGAGGUAGAAAACUUCAUCGAGAAAAUGAAUAUCAAGCCUAAUGCAUUGGUUUGGCAGACAGCUUUGGGUGCUUGUAAAAUGCAUGGUAAUGUGGAGUUUGGAGAAAGAGCCGCGGAAAAACUCUUCCAACUUGAACCCGAGACAGACUCGACUUAUAUUUUGCUAUCCAACAUUUAUGCAGCAAAAGGAAUGUGGGAUGACGUGAAAAAGGUCAGAUCGAAGAUGUCUAGUCAAGGCGUGAAAAAAGAACCAGGGUGUAGCUGGGUUGAGAUUAAUGGUGAAUUUCAUACAUUUCUAUCUAAAGACGGUUCUCAUCCAAAGGUAAAAGAGAUUUACCUGAAGUUGGACGAACUGGACCAGAAACUGAAAGCAGCAGGAUAUGUGCCAAACACCCAGUUUGUGCUUAAUAAGGUCUCUGAAGAAAAGAAGAAGGAAAGUCUUAUUUAUCACAGUGAAAGAUUGGCCCUUGCCUUCGCCCUUAUAAGCAAGGGACCUGCAAAACCCAUACGGAUUUUCAAGAAUCUGCGCAUCUGUGGAGACUGUCAUAAUGCCAUGAAACUCCUCUCAGAUGUCAUUGAUAGAGAUAUUAUUAUCCGGGAUGUUACUCGUUUCCACCACUUCCAGAAUGGUUCUUGCUCUUGUCGGGAUUAUUGGUGAUGGCCUGAUGAAAAAGCUUGUAUGACUCGCUAUUGGGAUUUGUCAGAAAGUAGCUCAGCUACACACGUGCACAUUAGGAAAGGACAUGACAGAACUACAGGUUACAUUCAUGCUGAAUUUCACACUCUCAGAUCCCCACCGGCAAAAUCAUUGUAUUGGCUUGUUAAACUAUGUUUCUCAGAGACUAAUCGAAGAAACAAGGUGAAUGUUGAUAUAUGUGCCAUGGAGAUCAAGAUACAAACUUUAACACAACCUUAGAUGCUUUGUGUACCCAAGAAGUUCCUAAUGCACCUGCGAGCAAGUCUGCUCAUUGUCAUUCCGCUAGAUUGGAAAGACAACCAGAAAGAAGCUACACCUGUUCAGAAACUCCAGUUGUUAACUGAAGCUGCAUUUAUCAAUUUUCGGGUUCCUCAAAAUUUUGAUUCAGGAGAUUAUUUGAUCCUUGAAGUUCCAAGACAGUUGCAAACAGAAGGUUUCGGCGUCACGACGUGGAUCACUUCUGCCUGUGAACCAGGAACCACAAAAGUACUAACCAGAAGAUGGAUGAGAAAUGUAUAAUGUAAAUACCUUGCAUCCAUACUUUAUUACAGAUAUAUGGGUUUUACUAUUUGAGGAGUACUUGGUAAAAAUCUAAUGUAAUUUUCUUUUCUUUUUUUGCAAACAGAAAACUGUAACGUGUCAUUUAACAUA